GGAGGUGCUGGACUUGCUUGCGGUGGCUGCGGGAGAGAUAUCGCUGAAAGAUGGUAUCUGCGGGCCGCCGAUCGCGCUUGGCACUGCGGAUGCUUGAGAUGCUGUCAUUGCAGGGUUCCUUUGGCUGCUGAAUUGACUUGCUUCUCGAGGGAUGGAAAUAUUUACUGCAAAGAAGAUUAUUACAGAUUGUUCGCGGUCUCAAGAUGUUCACGAUGUCGAGCUGGAAUUUCCGCAACUGAACUCGUGAUGAGAGCCAGAGAAUUGGUAUACCAUGUGGCUUGCUUCGUCUGCGCAUCUUGCGGGGUGCCGCUUAAUAAAGGAGAUCACUUUGGACAACGUGAUGGUCUUGUUUAUUGCAGGCCACACUACGAAAUAAUUUGUUGUGCUGCUGACUAUGGAAAUACAGCCGGCAGCGUUGAAGACCUCGGCUCUCCAGAUGUAUCAUCCCUCACUGGGUAUUACAGCGCAAAUGAGCAAAGUCCUGUAGCCUCAGUUCAAAAGGGACGUCCACGAAAACGAAAACUCUCUGAAGUAUCCAGAUCCGAAAUGCCAGUAUCCAUGCGACUGGCUGCAGAGCUUAUGCAUCCCAAUGAAUUGUCAUCGUCAAUGGAAUCGCUGGCCGCGUAUGAUACAUCAGUCGGUUCUCCGGGACCAAUUCAUCAGAGUCAACGUACUAAACGUAUGAGAACGAGCUUUAAGCACCAUCAAUUACGUACAAUGAAGAGUUACUUUGCUAUAAAUCAGAACCCGGACGCAAAAGAUCUUAAGCAAUUGGCCCAAAAGACGGGAUUAUCUAAACGCGUUCUUCAGGUUUGGUUCCAAAACGCUAGGGCCAAGUGGCGUCGAAAUAUGAUGAGACAAGAGGGUAACGGUGGGAUCAAUAGUGUCGGAGGUAAUGGAACUGGAAGUGGAUGCCCUGGCACACCGGUUCCUUCAUCGACUGGGAACUCACCGAUUAUUGGACCAAGUGCUGCUGCGUUCCUAGGCGCUGACAGCAAUAGCCAGCCAUCAACUUCUAUGGAAGACAUCCAUGCACUACAUCAUCUUCAUUCGGGUGUUUCAUCACAGGUUUCCUUUUCGGAUCUCUAUUGACAUAUGAUCAGAGUUGAUAAUUAUCAAGAUUCAUUUAUCUGCUGAGCAUUUUAAAGUUUUCAUGUUUAGUUUUUUUAUCAAUGAAAAAAAUAUGAGAAACUGAUGAACUUACGGUGCUAAAGUGCUUGCAGUAAAACGUUUCAUCAAUUAUA